GCCGCCUCGCGUUCCUCUCACGUGACCGCGAAAAGGGGCCGGCGCUCUGGAGAAUGGUACCACGUGAGAGGGGAAAGGCGCUGAGUCAGGGCGCCAUUUUGCGGCACAGGGCGGUGCGUUUUAGUUUUAACUCUUCUCUAUUCCUACAGUGCCGCGACUCCCAUCGCUCUCCGGUCGCUGAGCCUUCUUCAUCCCAGACUUUUCCGUUGCGCUCAGAUUCCAGGACUUUCUCCACAACUAGGCCACUUUUCCUGCCAGUUGUCCUUUUUGACCUCUUGACCUCUGACUCGAAAGGUCAGCUCAAGGAUUCUGAACCUCCGGGUUGGGGUGUGGGAGAGGACGGAGCCUGACUGUACUCAGUUUUUAACCCUGGACCCCAAAGUUCAUCCUUUGGACACUUCACUCCAGGUCUGAGACUGCAUAUCCCGAAAUUGACCCAUGUGUUUACAAGUGUAGCCCUAGACAAAGUUAACUCCUGCUAGGUUGCCUUCCCUGAACCUCCCAAAGCAACCUAACCUGCCCCAGACUCGUCCGGAUACGAGGACUCAAUCUUGUUAGCCCUCAGGUCCCUCAUGACUUGAGUCAGCACCAAUCCCUUAGUUUCAUAUUUUUAAAUGUUAUCCCUUGUUCUUUAAAACCUACCAUUCAGUCUCCAAAUUCUGCAACUCAAUUCUGAAACCUUUAAGUCUUCACCCUGACACCAACCUCUUUUAAAGGAUUCUUUAUUCUCACAUUCUCAACCCGUCAGCCCCUCCUAUAAACUCCAAAAUGACUUCUUGCUCUCCUACCCUAGAACCCCCAAGCCCUUCAAGAAUCCCUGCACACCAUGUGCCCAUCAUCCCACCUCCGCCCCUACCCCCAGGGCCCCAGGACUUAGCUUUUUCACCACCUCUCGGGAGUCUUCAGGCUCCUAUUCCCCCACCACCCCCACUGCCUCCUUCACCUCCUGCCAUGGGGACUGCACCCCCUCAUGUUUUUGGCCUGGAGAAGAGCCAGCUCUUGAAGGAGGCCUUGGAGAAGGCUGGCCCAGUCCCCAAGGGCAGAGAAGAUGUGAAGAGGCUCCUGAAGCUGCGCAAGGACCGGUUCCGAAGUGACUUGUGUUGGAUCCUCUUCUGUGCAGACCUGCCAUCCCUCAUCCAAGAAGGCCCUCAAUGCGGACUCGUGGCCUUGUGGAUGGCAGGCACUCUUCUGUCACCCCCUAGUGGCAUCCCGUUGGAGAGACUUGUGCAGGUGGCCACCGAGAGGGGCUACACAGCCCAGGGAGAGAUGUUCUCUGUGGCCGACAUGGGCAGGCUGGCCCAGGAGACGCUGGACUGCCAGACUGAGCUGCUUUGUGGAGGCCUAGGUGGUCCCAACAGAGACCUUGUUUUGCAGCACCUUGUCACUGGACAUCCCUUGCUCAUCCCCUACGACGAGGACUUCAACCACGAGCCAUGUCAGAGGAAGGGCCACAAGGCCCACUGGGCAGUGAGCGCAGGGGUCCUGUUGGGUGUGCAGAGUGUGCCAAGCCUCGGCUAUACAGAAGACCCCGAGCUGCCAGGCCUGUUCCACCCGGUGCCCGGCAUACCCUGCCAGCCACCAUUGCUGCCAGAGGAAGGCUCACCAGGUGCUGUCUACCUUCUCUCCAAGCAGGGCAAGAGUUGGCACUAUCAGCUAUGGGACUACAACCAAGUCCGGGACAGCAACCUGCAGCUGACAGACUUCUCACCCUCACGGGCCACCGAUGGCCGGGCAUAUGUAGUGCCUGCAGGCGGGGUGCAGGCUGGCCUCUGUGGCCAGGCCUUGCUUCUCAGACCACGGGUCUCCAGCCACUAGUUGGGGCCACAGCCUGGCUCUGUCACCAUUUGAAAAGCUCCACCUGUGGGCCAGCACAUAGAUUUGGGCUGAAUCUCUGAGAGCCCCCAGCUUGGAGAUCUUUCAUCAGGGUCCCCCCCCCAUUCCAUCUCACUCCUGGGCCUUGUCCCCCACUCACCAGUCCCAAGCCCAUCCUUCCAGUACUGACCACUGACUGGCCCCUUCCUCCAGGGAGAGAGUGCCAAUCUCUCAGACUCCAUGUCCCAUCCUUCCCACCUGGAUGUCACUUGUUUCCCACUGGGAACUGCCUCUUCACUGUCACCUCACAUCAUCUGCCAAAGCCUCCUGCCUAGGCCCUCUGCUGCCCCACAGCCUGCCACAAGAUGGGACUAAAUCUCCCUGCCUCACAAACUUCUCCCUAGGCCAGGCCACUCUCCCUGCCUGCCAAUCAGCUAUGUCAGCCUUUCAGCCCCCAGCCCUCUGCUGAAGAUCUUCCCAACUUCUCCAUCUUGGCUCAGGAAUCACUUUCCCAAGGAAGAGUUACCCAUUCCCAGGCUAGGUACCUCCCCCACUUUAAGUUUUUUU